UCAAGCGAAGGGAAGUAAAAUGUCGGCGAUGGAUGGGAUGGGCCUCUUAUUGUGCUUUUAAAAGAAUAAUAUCUCAACCUUUAAAACUGUAUUUUAAACGUAAAUUGCACGUUUUAGAAAAUAAAGGGUAGUUGGAGAUUGUGGAUUUAAAUGGACAAAACAUAUAACUGGAUCUAAGACAAAGACUCCAGCGAAGAGGAAACAGAGAAGGAUGAAGAAAGGAGUAGGAGGAGGUUGAGGUGUUACCAAGGUGAUAGGGAUAGCCCAGAUGAUGAGCCUAGUGAGCUGGGAGCUGCCAUUACUGCAACCCCCGAACCACUUCCCUGCCUGGUCUCUCUUCACUGCUCUACACAGCAUCUCCUCGACAGUUCUGACCUUGAAGUGGAGUUGACAGCUGAGGUGAGAGUGGAGGGCUCGUCACUGCUCAGUAUCCUGUCCACUGUCACCCCUGGUAUAGGCAGCAGGAAGACGGGGUUGCUCUUUGAUCCCCAGCCCUCAGCAUCCCUCCUCCACCCACAACCCCAGGCUACAGGGAGUACUGGACUACAGCUUGCCCCAGGGCCAGCUCCCAUCCUGGGCCAUGGAUUUAACUCGAACCCCAGGCCUUAAAGGGAUGCCUGCUGUCCCUCCUCCUCACAGGAUCACAGAGACUGCCAAGAGCCCCCUGCCCUCCUCCACCUCUCCCUCCUCCCCUUCCUCCUCUCCCGCCUCCCCCGCCUCCCCACCUUCCUCUUCAUCCUCCUCUCCUGGCACCGUGGCAACCAGCUACCACAACGACGUCCAGGAGGGAAGGGCCAACAGCGUGACGAUGGGUGACGUGGUGUCCUCCACUUCCGCCUCUCUGGCUCCCCCCUCCUCCCACUCUGACCCCCCUUUCUCCUCCUCUGAUCCCUUGUUAUGCCUCUCCUCCUCACCCCAAAGGGGAACCGACGGACAAAAAGAGUGCGAGACGGAGAUCUACGACCCGUUUCACCCCACGGAAGGAGAGAGGGAGGGAGGAGCGGCAGAGGAGGUAGAAGGGGAAAAGUACGACCCCUUUGAUCCGACCGGCUCUCCCCCCUCAGCGAGAGAGGAGGAGGAACGAGAGACGGGGGGAGUGAGCGAGAGAGGGAACAGCGUGAGCAGCAAGGGGAAGAGAAGGAAGGCAGAGACGGGGAGGACAGGAGGAGAGGAGAAAGACAAUGCUCCUCCAGACUCCACGGACGCUCUCUCUGUUCCCCCGCUCUCCCCGCGCUCCCUCCCUCUCCCCCUCCGGAGGAGGCUGGACCGAUCCAAAGAGCCCCGGGUGAAAGUACGGGACAGGAGAGAGAAGGCAGACCACUCUGACCACUCUGAGAUUGAGGAGGGUGAGAUCGUGGGGGCCACCGAGAGGGACGGAGGGAAGAGGGAGGAGAGAGGCCGGGAAGGAGUCCUUCCUCUCGUCCUCCCCAUCUCCUCCGGCAGUCCUUUCCUCCACGGGGGAGCCAAGCCGGAGAGGAUCCUGAGGGUGCUGGACGGGGACAGCUUUGUGUCGGUGCGGGCUGAGGGGGACUGGGCGGGGCCGGUGAUGCCUGGCAGGGAGGAUGGGGAGCCCAUGGAGGAGGAGGAGGAAGAGGAAGAGGAGGAGGAGGAGGUGGUGGUGGUCGGGGUGGGCGAUCUGAGGAGGAAGCUGGUCAGCCGGCGUAAUGCGAGAUACCGCUCCUCCUGCCGCUCUUCCCUCUCGCCUCAGCACCUCCCACCGUCUCCUCACACCCUCCCUCUGCCCUCCUCCCCCCCCUCCCCGCUCACCGCCGAGAAGGACAAGAGCCGCAAGUCCUCCAAGAGCUCCAAGGAGAGGGAGCGGCGCAAGCGGAAGGAGGGCAAGGUAGGGGAGGAGGAGGAGAGGAGGAGGAGAAGGAAAAGGAAAGAGAAGGAUGGUGGUGGAGAGAAGAGUGGGGAGAGGAAGGAGAGACACAGGGAAAGGGAGAGGGGGCGGCGGAGUGAGAAAGAGAAGAAAACAAAGGUGGAGGAGGAGAGGGGGAGGAGCAGCAGAAGCGACAGCAGGAAGAGGAAGAAGAGACGACGGAGCACUCCGGAAUCUUCAGCACGCCCCCGCUCACAAAACUCCUCAGUGCAGCAGACGCACGGGGGCCGCUCCUGGUCAAACACUUCAGAGGACCGACACAGAGAGAGAGACGGGGACAGAGAGAGAGAGAGAGAGAAGAACAGAGACCGGUACAGAGAUGGGGAACGAGACGGAGAUCGAGACAAGGACAGAAAGAAAGACGACACCCGGAGAAGGGAGAGGGAUGGAGACUCCAGCCGGAUAAAGAGGGAAAGAGAGCGAGACGGCGGCCGCGAAUCGACUAGCCGAGAAAGAGGACACUCCAAGAGGUCCAAAGGAAGCAUAGAACAAAGGCACCGGGACAGAGAAAGGGACCGGGACAGAGAAAGGGACCGGGACAGAGAAAGGGACCGGGACAGAGAAAGGGACCGGGACAGAGACAGUGACAGGGACAGAGAAAGUGACAGAGAAAGUGACAGGGACAGAGAAAGGCACCGGGACAGAGAAAGGGACCAGGAGAGAGAAAGGGAAAGGGACCGGGAGAGAGAAAGGGACCGGGAGAGAGAAAGGGACAGGGAGAGACGUCGAGACGGUCGACCCGUGGUGCCGCCGUCCAUCCAGGAUCUCAACGGCUCUGACCUGUUCGCCAUCAAGCGCACCAUCACGGUCACCACGACCACCACCACCACUCUCCCCGGUUCCCCCCCGCUGGCUCCAUCCUCCCCCCGCAGCCCCUCCCAGGGCUCCGACAAGCCCCACAAGAGGAAGAAGAAGAGGCGUCGGCGCUCGGACGAAGGGUUGGAAGACAGCAUGGGCCGGCGUGGGAGCCGCUCCCUUUCGCCGCCGUCACAUUACCAUGGCUACGACUCGGACCACUUCUCAGACAAACUGGAGAUAGACAUACACUCUCUGGACGGAGAGGCCCUGGACUCAGACUACCCCUCUAUAGAAGACUCCCCACCCCCUCCCCAGCCUCUGGAACCCGCUGCCCCCAGCCCCAGCGCCAAACCCAAGACCGCCACCAAAUCUGGACGCCACCACUUCAAGAAGAAAUCCCGAACGGGCAAGAAAGCUGGUCAGUCCGAGUCGUCCUCUUCCUCCUCAGUUCGACCCAAAGGCAAGGGGCUCUCCACCUCCUCACUCUCCCCGACCCAGGCCACCUCCGGCCCGGCCUCCGCCCCAGCCACCCUCCCCUCCUUGGGCAAACGAGGGCGGAAGAUGGGGAAGGAGAAAGAGCGUGGGGAAAAAGGAGGAAAGAAAGAGUCUGGUCGGUCUGGCAGGUCCAAGAAAUUGAGCGGUGGUGGUGGGAGGAAAGCCAAGUUGCAGUCCAAAGUGUCAGUGCUGGUGCGUGAGGGCGUGAGCAGCACCACGGGGGGCCCGGUGGGCUCGGGGAAGCUGGGCAUGGAGCUCCUCGGGGCGGGCGGGCCAGUAGGGGGCUCUGGGGGGCCGGUGGUGGGGGGCUCCAUUGCAGUGGUCUUUAGGAGAGACAAUGAGAGCAGGUCUCCGUUCCUCAAGCCCUGCUCUGAGCCUCUAUUGCUGAGUGGACGCAACAAGGACCUGGGGAAGGUGGGCAAACGCAGUUCCCUGGCCGCUCCCCCUUCCUCCUCGCUGGCCAAUCCCACGGUGGCAGCGCUGAAGUCCAAGAAGGCCAAGCCCAGCUCCACCACCUCCACUUCCUCCUCUGCGUCUUCGCCCUCAUUGGCCCUGGCAACCAAGCGUAGGCGGCGGCUGGCGAAGAAGACGCGGGCAGAGAAAGGCUUAGCCGGUGGUUUGACGGACGUGGAUGGCGCCUUGGCCAACUGUAGCUCUGAGGGCGGCGGCUGGGGUGGGACUUCCUCCGACAUCCAAUCAGGAGUCGGGGCUAAACCCUCCAGUCCGCGCUCCGGUCCAGCCGGUCCAAUCCCUUCCUCGUCCUCUUCUUCAUCAUCGUCCUCUUCCACCAGUGUCCUCCCCCCGUCCUCCUCACCCCCCCACACUUCUCCGCCCUCCCUCCCUGCCUCGCGUGAUGCUCGGGAGUCCUCUCCCGACUCUCAGACGGUGGACAGCAGCUGUAAGACCCCCGAGCCCUCCUUCCUACCUGAGGACUGCCCCGCUCAGACCCAGAGCACCCCCAACCUGCCCCCCUCCAGUCCCCCGGCCCUACCCUCCUCCCAGGGGGCAGGCCUCUCACAGUACGGCCCCUCCAACAUGAAGCCCCUCCCUCUGGACGAAGGCCCCAAAUCCCUGGCCUCACCCCCUUGCUCCUCCUCAUCUGGCUCUGCCCCCGCCUCUCUCUCCCUUCCUCCUUCCUCCACAGACCCCUCCUCCUCUUCCUCCUCUUCUGUUUCUUCCUCCUCUGCCAACAAGCUGCCACCGCCUCCUCCUCCCCCUCCUCCUGCUGCCCCUACCCUCCCCUGGAGUCUGCAGACAGGAGUGGACUGCACGGCCGGAGGAGUUUUAGCAUUGACAGCUCUGCUGUUUAAGAUGGAAGAGGCCAAUAUCGCAAGUAGAGCCAAAGCCCAAGAGUUCAUCCAUGCUACAAGCCAGAUUCUCUCCCAAACCAAUCAGAACCAUUCAUCGCAGCAUGCCCCUUCCUCUUCUUCCUCCUCCCAGGUUCUUCCUCCCCCCGGCCCCACCCCUGCCCAGUUCAUCCUGCACAGCUCUCUCCCAUUGGUGGGCUGCACCAAAUCCCUGCCCAGCCACCUGCACCCUGGCAUGUCUAUGGGUGGCGGAUGUGCCCAGACCCCGCCCCCUCCCAUGCCCUCUGGGUUCUUGGGAGGGUCCGGGGGAUCUAGUGAUAUAGGCUGGGACAACGAGAGCAAGGACCCUGACAAGUACCUGAAGAAGCUCCACACUCAGGAGCGUGCGGUGGAGGAGGUGAAGCUGGCCAUUAAGCCCUACUACCAGCGUAAAGACAUUAACAAGGACGACUACAAGGACAUCCUGAGGAAGGCCGUGCACAAGAUUUGCCACAGUCGAACGGGAGAGAUCAACCCAGUCAAGGUGAGCAACCUGGUCAAGCUUUACGUUCAGAGGUACAAGUACUUCAGGAAGCACGGUCGAAAGAUGGACGAGGAAGAGAGGGAGGACAGAGAGAUGGAUUCCUCCUAUUGAUUGGACCAGGGGUCGCUCUCCCCCUACUCCUAUUGGUUCUGCCGCCCAAGGACCAGCCCCCCCACUCCUUGCAUGUGACUGGGCCCACUGAGGCCAUAGUGACAGUUGUUUUAUUCCCCUCCUUAUUUGCUGUCCCCAUGUAAACGCGUAACCUCCCCACCCCCUCUCUCGUCUCCUGUGUGUCUUGCUGUACAGAAAUAUUGAGUAGAUAACUGUGAUAUAUACACACGCAGUAUAUGAAUAAAAAAAGAAGUACAAUGUUGAGGGAGAGAUGCAGAACACACAUGCAUACACACUUACACGUGCGCACACACAUACAUACUGUACAUACUGUAAGUACACUACACUGACUCUCUCCUUUCUCUCUGUGUGGUAUAAACCUGUCAAAUAGUCAGGUUGUUGGUCGGUAGAAUGGAUGGAUGAGUUAAAUAUAGAGAUUUGACACUUGA